AUGUCAAACAAUUUGCAAGUUGUGCUGGUUAGUGGCGAGCAUCCUGACAGAGACUUACAACAACAACAAAUACAUCAACAACAGAUCCAAAGUGAUCUGAAUGUCUUGAACAUCGUGCAGAGUGAUGUCAAAAAAGCCUGCAACGAAAUCAAUGCAGAGCUAAAAAUGCUGACAUUAAAAAACUUCGACCACCAAGAGUCUGACCAAUUGAACAUCUUCUACCAUGCUGAUGUCGCAAUCGUUGACGUAUCAUGCAUGAUGUACCAGUCUUCCAUGUUUUAUCAGAUUGGUAUCAGAGAGAACCUUGGCAGACCGGAGACCAUCAUCAUGAUAUAUGAUACUAAUCCUGAAAGAACACUUGCUCUUAAGCUGUCCAGUGGUUCAUUUGAUUUUCUUUCCUAUAAACUUGAUAGAUUGGGGAAAAACUUAGUGGCAGAGUUCAGUGGAUUAAGUUUGAUGGAGUUGAGAAGUGACCAACCUGGUGUAAAGAACAUAGGUUUCCAACAAUGCCUCAGAAAGGUUUUGAAGGCUUAUGCAUGUAAAACUAGGGCUCAAGUGAAAGAGAAAUUUUUGUCAGAGCUGAAGAAAGCCAGGGAGACCUGGAAAGGUGAAGACCUUAUUAAUGUACUAGCAAGUAUCAAAAGCAGAUAUUAUGGCCCAGAAUUGUACUCAUCUGACAUUGUACUCAACAUGCUACUGUCUUAUAGAGAUGUACAGGAUUAUUCCUCGAUGGUUGAACUGGUAGAAGACAUGGAGGAUCUCUCAUUGAACAUCACUGAUACGGUCGCCAUACAACAUUUAUACGCCUUUGCGCUAAAUAGGAGAAAUUCAGAAGGCGACAGGGAUAAAUCUCUGCAGAGAAUUUUAAAAGCGAUUGGUAUGUCAGACACAGAUGUUCCCGACUUGUUGUGCCUGUGUGGUCGAAUAUAUAAGGAUAAGUUCGUUGAGUCGGAUGGUGCUGAUGGAGAGUCUCUGAAGGAAGCCAUUAAGUGGUACCAGAAGGGCUAUGAUGCACAGCCGAACGAGUAUGCAGGCAUCAACCUGGCCACACUGCUCGUCGUGUCCGGAGAGCAGUUCCAAACGUCAGCCACACUCAAGAGAAUUGGUCAAACGCUAACGACGCUGAUCGGCCACAAGGGAUUGCUGCAGUCGUUGACGGAUUAUUGGGAUGUGGCGACUUUUUUCGAGUUCAACGUCUUGAGGGAGGAUUAUUCCAAAGCCGUCCAGGCUGCCGAGUGCAUGGCCAAGAUGGACCCCCCGUCCUGGUACUUAAAAUCCACACUCGGCAACAUUGACCUGAUCAAUGCUUACAAGAAAAAGGAUAGCAACAAGGAAGAGUCCAUUGAGGAAAAGUUGUACGAUUUCUGGACGGAGUACUUCACAGAGGCCACCAAGGCUGACACUUCUUACACGAGUUUCCCGGUGCUCAUCUCGGAGCCAAAUCUGAAAGAUCAGUCAAACCACAAGAUGGUGCCCUGCUAUCUCCAGUCGGUCAGACUGUGGCACGUUGGCGUGAAGAACAAGCCGAAGAGCGAGCAGUCGAGUACGAGCGAGGUGCACGAAUGGUACUUCAGAGCGACCUCCAUCAAGUUCAUUUCCUCUUGCCAGCUGAACAAACGCGCCAUGUUCCUCUACGUCUUCGACAACUCCGACGACUUCCACAUCUUCUUUCCUUCCGAGAUGCACAAAAUCAAAUGCUUCGACAUGAUCGUCAACAUGAAAAACAACUACGCCCAAGAGAAUAAUGACGUCAUAACGGAAGUCGUCAUGUCCAAGUUUAACUACGUGUACCAAUAUGAUUGGGAUAACGAGAGGUUGAUCCUAGGGAAAGGGAAUUAUGGGAUUGUUUACGCCGGAUACGACGAUAACAACAUCAAGAUCGCCAUCAAAGAAGUUCCGGAAAAAAACGUUGAGGAGGUGCAAGCCCUGCACGAAGAAAUCGCCCUACACUCACGAUUACGUCACAACAACAUCAUCCAGUACCUCGGCUCCGUCAGUGAGGAUGGCUACGUUAAGAUAUUCAUGGAGCAAGUUCCUGGAGGCAGUCUAGCCACCAUGUCCAAGUGGGGCAUGUUGAAGGAGGAUGAAUCAAAGAUAGCCGACUACACGACGCAGAUGCUUCUGGGCCUCAAGUAUCUCACAAACACACACACGCACACAUUGCAGCACGAGAACAUGAUAGUGCACAGAGACAUCAGAGGCGAGAACAUGCUCAUCAACACGCACAACAAUGUCCUCAAAAUCACCGAUUUUGGCAUGUCCAAGAAACUCUCUGAUCUCAAUCCAGUCGGCCAGGAAGGUAUGUGUGCUUUCCUCGCUCCGGAAGUGGCAGACAGAGGAAAAAGAGGAUAUGGAUAUGCUGCGGACAUUUGGGCGGUUGGAUGUACCGUCAUCGAGAUGUUCACAGGAAUGCAACCGGAGAACUCGAGUUUCUGGACUCCACAGGCGUUGUCCAACAACAACAAAAAACCCGUCAAGCCCUCCAUACCAAGCCAUCUCUCAGAUAACGCUAAGAACUUUCUUCAAUGUUGUUUUGAAUUGGACCCGUCGAGAAGAUCAUCUGCAGGAGAACUAUUGCAGCAUCCAUUUUUAUGCAGGGGUAUCGGCUCUCAAAAGAUUAUCGAAUCUAUAAUGCCAGAGAGCAAAGUUCCAACAAAAAAGCACAAGCACCAGUUACAAAAGAACAUGGAUAGGAGCAUGUCUGUUCCAGUGCAUGCAAACUCAGAGCUGAAAGAUCCGACAAGGAGAAAGACGGCUGUUGUUAGUACAAGUCAGAUACAAGAGUCUGUACAUCUCAAUAUGACGAGGCACACGGUAAAGAGACCACGACCCGUAUCUGAAAUCUUUCCAAAUCUCAACCAUCCCAAUGAGGAUGUGUUUGGGCGGCUUAACAGCAGUGACAGUUCAUCGAUGCUCUCCGACAUACAAGACACAGCGUACGGUGGUGAUGGAAGCGGCAACAGCCGCGACAACAACACUGCGUUCUACUGGGUUAAGAAGGAUUACGAGAAGAGGAAUGAACUAGUAACUGUUCUCAAAUCCGACGCGGACAAGAUCAGUGAGAGGUGGCUGUCACAGUUACAUUCAGCAUCUUGUGCGGCCACGCUCAGAAUCAACAAGGACCAUUUGUUGAAGCUGUUGUCUUCGUUUGGAGAUUACAUCAACAGAGAUGACAUCAACGACCUCAGAGUCGUCGUCAACCAGCUGAACACCGAAAUAGAUCCAGACCCUGACAAAACUGCCAAGACCGAACUCUCAUACGCCAUCUUCAUCUUUCAAAAUAUCAUGAACGAGAUAUUGAGAGAACGUAAGAUAGAGCCCCACUGGAUAUUUGCAUUGGACAACAUCAUCAAGUCGACAAUCAAGGCUGCUGUCUCUGUAUUAUCACCUGCAAGGAACGCGGCCUAUGACGGAGAUGUGACGUACACUGAUGACGACCUCAUCUCCUGUUUAUCUCCCAGCGAGGUGGCCAACAUCAGCUCGGAGCAGCGAUACCAGCAACAAAUACACCAACUUAAAGAGGAAAACAACAGCUUACUCCAGCAUUUGAUCAAGAGCCAGCAGUUCUGCAGGCAGAUGUUAUGCCAGAGUAUUGAUUCUAUCAAUGCACAUAUAAGCAUCAUGAGGGAAUCUUUGAUGAAAGAACCAACUCGAGAGAGUAGGGGUGACUCCAUGUCCGUCUCCAUGCAUUCAUCCGAAUCCGACAAUGAGUCCCUCGUUCAGCAGCUCAUUGUGCCCAACAGAAUGGCGAGAAACGAUAAGUUGAAAAAUUGGCUGACGGAAAUCCACAUCUCAAAUGAUACUAUCAAUAAGUUAAUUGAGUUAGGACUAAUUGACCUACAGAUUCUUUCCGAAGGAUUUGAGUUGAGCCAUCUACUGGACAUCGUUGUCCUGGACGAUCUCAAAAUGCUCAACAUCAAAAAAAUUUUCACUUUAUAUCCAGAUUUGGAGAUGUUUAUAAGCUGUGGGAGCACAUUGAUCAGUAUAGGAAGUGAAGGCGAAGACGAAGAUGAAGAAGAAGAUGAUGAUGAUGAAGAUGAUGAUGAAGAAGAAGGUGAAGAAGAAGGUGAAGUUGAUGAGGAUGAUGAUGAAGAAAAAGAUGAAGAUGAUACCGGCUGUGAUACGUGCAUACACAGCAUCAACAACAACAUUAAUGACAAUAACAACAACAGCAUUAACAACAACAACAACAACAGUAAAAAGCCUCUGUUGUCAUUGCUGAGGAAUUGUACAGAUAGUUUUAACAAGACGACUAUCACGGGAUUAUUAGUUUUUAAUUGA